GGUCUGCGGGGCGCGGGGCUCCGCCCGCGGGGGCGACCUCGGGCGGCGCGUGCGCCGUGCGCCCCAGCCGGCCGCGGCGAUGCCUAUUUUAGUCAAAGCGUCCGCGAGCGGGGAGCUGGCCCGAGCCGCGCCGCCUGGGGACCCGCCGUGAGCCCGUCCAGCCGCCGCCGCCGCUCCCCGCCGCUGCCGCCGUCGCAAACUUUGCGCGCGCCGCCGCCGCCGCUCGGCCCCCGGGACGCGCAAGGUAAGGAAGGAGCCGGAGCGCCCGGCCGCGCGGGAAAGUUGGGCACCGAGCAGCCAAGCAACUUGCGGCGCUCUGUCCUUGCAGCUGCCCUUCGCCCGCCGCGCCCCGGUCCCUCGACCGGACGGCGCCCGGCCGCGGAGCUGUGGACGCUGACACUGUUUUGAGAGCAGGGCGAGCCGGUCCGCCGGAGGUUCGCGGAAAGUCCGGGGAAAUACCAGUGAAUUGUGUCUCCUCGAAAGGUUUUUGCUCAUCGCUGUUGUUCAUCUUCAUUUUUUGUUUGGUCAAGGUUUAAUGCUAGCUUGCUUCCUCGGUCAGGACUUUUCAACAUGAAUUUUACGGAGCCCAGCCCACUGGCGCAAUCAACUGUGGUGGGUUUUCUGCCUGAGUUAGAAAGUCUCACACCCGUGCCUUCCAAUGAGACCAGUUGUGAAAACUGGCGGGAGGUUCACCAUCUGGUGUUUCACGCGGCCAACGUUUGCUUCGCAGUUGGUUUGCUAAUUCCCACCACUCUCCACCUCCAUAUGAUACUGCUCAGAGUGAUGCUGUCUAUAGGAUGUACCCUCUACGUGGUCUGGGCCACUCUCUACCGCUGUGCCUUGGAUAUGAUGAUCUGGAACUCGGUGUUCUUGGGUAUCAAUAUUUUGCAUCUUUCAUAUCUUUUGUACAAGAAAAGACCGGUCAAGAUUGAAAAGGACCUGGGCGGUGUCUACCACCGACUGUUUGAACCCCUCCGAGUCCCUCCGGAUUUGUUUAGAAGGCUAACUGGACAGUUUUGUGUGAUCCAGACCUUGAAAAGGGGCCAGGUUUAUGCCACGGAGGACAAAACCUCAGUUGAUGACCGUCUUAGCAUUCUCCUAAAGGGAAGAAUGAAGGUCUCCUAUCGAGGACAUUUUCUGCAUAACAUUUACCCGUGUGCCUUUAUAGAUUCUCCUGAAUUCAGAUCAACGCAGAUGCACAAGGGUGAGAAAUUCCAGGUCACCAUUGUUGCGGACGAUAACUGCAGGUUUUUAUGCUGGUCGAGAGAAAGACUGACGUACUUUCUGGAGUCAGAGCCUUUUCUGUAUGAAAUUUUUAGGUACCUUAUAGGGAAAGACAUCACAAAUAAGCUGUACUCACUGAAUGACCCCACCUUAAAUGAUAAAAAAGUGAAGAAGUUGGAGCCCCAGAUGAGCCUCAGCACACAGAUCUCCAUGCUGGAGAUGAGGAACAGCAUCACUAGCUCCAGCGACAUCGAGGACGGCCUCCACCACUUCCUGCGGGGCUCCUCCAGCACGGCUUCUCUCCCCAUGUCCUCCCCGCAGCAGCGAGCCUCUCCCAAGAUGAAGCCAAUCGAGGAAGGGCUAGAAGAUGACGAUGAGGUCUUUGUGCCGGUGUCUCCCGCUCAUCAGUUGCCUUGAGCAGCACCUGGCGACCACGACAGAGGCUGACCUGAGGAGCAGAAGACCCACACUCUGCUAUGACCUUUGGUGGUUUGCUUCAGUCCUGCCAGAUGGGAAGUGAGGGGCGGCCGCAGACAGGAGUUGAGUGCUGCCUGUCCCGCUAGCCAGCUCCUUGUGCUAGCCGAGCCUUCUGAGUAGACCUCACUCUAUUUUCAGACAUGUAUUUUUGCAGUAGAUAUAUUAAUAUUGUUUUAAUUGACCUUGAAGCUGUCAACACAUCGCCUUUUCGCUUAUUUUUCUAAGUUGUGGCUCUUUUCUCACGUGUGCUUCCCCCCCCUGUCGUGGGAAUUUGGAACGAGUAGUUGUUUUGAUCAUCUUAGCGAUGUAAGCCAAAGUUGAGGCUGACACGACAUUAAAAAGUUUACCUUUUGUUCAGUCGACUUUUUCAUGAUACAUUUUAGUAGGUGAACACUUGUCUGGUCUUGUUUCCCACCCCAAGAGCUGAAGUGUUUCCCCCACCGGGGCCACCCUCCUGGUUGGGUGCAGAUGGCUCAACAGUGACUGCCUUGAUCUGAAUGAGCUGUGAAUGACCUCAUCCCCUGCCAUUUAUCGGUGACUCUGAAACCUGGACCUGGAGUGAGCGUAAGCAUUUCUGAGCUCAGUGUCAACUCUCAGCUAAACUUUUUCUCUUGCCAUUUGGGGCCAUCUCAGCCACAAGCUCAGAUACAGGAAAGGCCCCACUUUAGAAGAAACAAAGACAGGCUGGGGGCACUGAAACUCAGCUUAGCCCUUCGUCCUGUUUCUGGGAUGACAGAAGCAGAUGGCCCGAGCCAGACACUGCGGUCCACACCUAAUGCCAGCACUUGGGAGGCUGAGGUAGGAGCGCUAAGAGUUUGAGGUCCCCCUGGGGUCACUUAGCAAGACUUUUGUCUCAGAACAACAGAAUAUUUAUUUAAGGGCCAGCUGAUUCCAGAACUGUGGUCAAGAGCAAACCCAUGGGGCAGAGGUUUCACCUGAGGCCUGAGGCAUCCAACAAGAGAACUGCCAGGAAGGCCUUGGUAAGGAUCUUUCUUUCCUGCUAGCCAUGUUUUUAGGGAUGUACGAGGCUUUGUUCAAAUCAUUAGUUUCAGCUGACAGUGGCAUGUAGCCACCCAGCUGAGGCCACUGAUUGGCUGUGAUAGUCUUGUCAUUCACGUUUACUUCAUCCGCUCAAAACAACACGCAACACCCACCACACUCCCCCUCCCCAUGUUCCACAGCUAAGGAAAAUUCACUCGACAGCUCUUAAUCUUGAAACAAUGAAGGAAAGGGGGGCGGGUAACAUAGCCUUGCCUUUAAGGUUGUCGCUGUCAACCAGGGGGACACUUUGUCCAUUAACCCACAUAAGAUGUGAUAGGGUGGGUCUCGAUUUCCACGAAACUACUUAGCUCGCCCACACAUAAGGCUAAUUUACAGUCGCUCUGCAAACGACACCCCCUGAGAAGGCAGGAAUAUCGGAUUCUGCUGUCACCAGUCUUCAUGUGUGGCGCUUCAGGGGACUCUUCUACCCCAGAUAGUAGAAAAGGUUACCUCUGCUGAUCUGCCUGACUAUGUACCUGAGGUAUUUGUAGUGCCGGGGGAAUGGAGCUGUUUUAAAGGCACGCAGUUAAAAGCGGGUAAUUUAGAGUCAUUUGCUCUCCUCUUGGAAACGUCGUGUGUAUCAGUGUCACCGAUAUCGGAGAUCAGAAUCUUGUGGCGGGGGAUCUUCAGAGAGCCACUUAGUCUGAGUACGAAACUUGAAACUGUUUUUAAAAGACAUACCUCCAAGGAAGACGGCAACUGGAGAACAGGAGCCCAAGCCAUUGAAUAACCCUGCCACACAGGCUUGACUGCAAAGGAGCAGAAAAGAGGACAGGGAAAGAGCUCCGAGGGUUAGGUCUACGGACAGCUUUAGAUUCAUUUACACAGACAAGCAAGUGUAUUUUUGUUCAAAGCAUAAAUUAAUAGAUUAAAGGAUGUUUGUGCCAGGCUCCUGUGAGAUGCUUCCUCUGAUUUUAGCAUUCGGUUAGCCCCGAGAUAAUGUUCAGAAAAUGCUCUGCAGAAAUUAUGCUAUGUCCCCGACCUUUGUUUAAUGAAACAUCAAGUCAGUUACAGGCCUCUAGAGGAUAAUAUUUAUACCAAAAUGAGACUGUCACUUAGAAUAAAACCCUCAGAACAUUUAUAUUUAUAAAGCAGAUAGCACAGAUAAUUAUACAGAUCCAUAGUUAUAUUUAGCGUACGUUAGUCAUAAUGGGUUCUGUGUUACCUAUUCGUGCUUUCUGAACUCUCUGCCCAGUCGCCCCGCUAUACUUUAACAGGCAGGCACCGAUGCUUGAUGUGGGUCAGAGGCAGGAUCUGGCUCAGAGCCUGUGCGUCUGAAGAUUUUUGUGGGGGUUAUUGUUGUUCUUUUGGUUUGUUUUUUGAGUUUGUAUGUUGGCUUGUUUUAGUCAAAGCCACUAGUUUCCACUGCCUGAUCCCACUGAAGCCCUAAACACAGGAGCACACGGAGGCUGGAAAAUCUAUAGGAAAAGCUGAGGGGACCUGCGUAUUUCCUUGUCCCCAGCACACUCAAGUUGGGGCAUUUCCUCCAGGAAAUGUCCCAGCUAGAAAAAGGUGGCUCUUGGCUACUCAGUCCUGCCUUUAGGGCUUAGUGCACUUCUCCUACAGACCCCCAGGGCACCAGCUACCCUUAGGGCUCACUUUUUAUUGAAAUCCAUUUGCUUUGACCCUGCUAUGCCUGUUUCCUUUCUCCUUCCCUUCCUUGCUUCCCAACUCCCUUUGCUAUCGCCAACUAGAGUGACUGGAAUUCCCACCCACUCAGCUCAGUCUCCAGCGGUGACAGCUCUGUGGAAGCUGGAACACAUUUGUGCUUCUGUUCUGCUACCCACAAGACAACACCCUCGCUGGCCGCAGCCAUAUUUUGUUUAUCACAGCCUCUGGGAACAUGCCGGGAAUGAUGAGACAGUGUACGUAUUAUCAUUUAAAGAAACUUAUUGUAAGUGCCAUUUAUAGGUUUCCUGUUAAACUUGCAGGCUAGUUUUAAGAUGUCAAAUUUCACAAGUGCUUUAUGCGGACACGUUAGAGGAAGCUUUUCAGAUGACGUUUACAUGGGUAAUGUUCACUUUAUAUCGAAGGCGUAUGUCUUUUGUUCAAAUUCACCCCAUACAUUGUCAUUUGGUUAAAUAAAUUUUUACUUAGGAAAAAAAA